AUGGAAGACAACUCGGGUCGUUUCGACCGAAAACAUCCGCUUGGUUCGGAGUACCCCGGCACUCUCAGCCUGGACGCGGCUCGCAGCCCGAAGGCUCGACAGCAGGGCCCUUUGGGCAGCGGGCUGAUUAAUGGCCGCUCCACUGGCAGGGGGCAGUUGGGCAGUUGGGCAGUUGGGCAGUUGACACUGGGGGCCGCGGAGCAGAGUCUGCACUCCUCGUGCCACCGAGGACCAGGCAGUAACGCCUCGGACGUGCCGCCGGCGGCAGGACCCGGCGCGGGCGCGGCCAACGCGUCCGUCCUCCCCGCGCGGUCUGACGCGGCCGUGGGAGACGGCGGGUAUGCUGCCGACAGGCGGCACAGUCACGCCGCCGUGGAAACGGUCGCCCCGGACGCGGCGGGAAACGGUCGCGCGGACGCGCGGCGCACAGAUGACAAGCCCGACGUGUUUGUAAACCCCUCAAAAUCUACUGACUACCAGAGAUUUAACGGUGUGCUGGAGGCCCACCCUACCGGAAAACCCAACCCUACCACCCGACUCGGAUCCUCCGACCUCCCCGUCGACGCCUCCAUCCAGUCCUCCAUCCAGUCCUCCAUCCGCGCCCCCCCGAUGCCGGCGUUCCCGAUCCGGCCAGGGGCCCCUAACGGGAACGAGCGCGCGGGAAACCCAGCCAAUGAGCCGAGCCGGAGGGCGGAGCGGAGAAGAGGCCGCGGAGAUGCAGAGGGUAUCGCGCACGAGACGGGGACGCCGCGCGGCUGGAUCCCACGCCCCAACCGUGACCGUGACGACGGGCAUGCCGCGUUCACGCUGACGCUGACGCGUUCACGGCCAGGGAAGGACAACCGGCGCCUCGCCGCGUCUGUGGAUAACCCCCUUCUACCAUGCCACACACCCCACCCCGACACCCCUCCCGAAAAUCACGCCCGUCCCUUCCACAGCACCAGGACCUUUCCAAAAACACACCACGCACCUCGACGGCUCCCGCCCCACGACGCCCCAGCCCAGCCCGCCCGGCGCCCUCCCCAAAACCGCCGCCGCACCUGUGCGCCUACCCCGUCGCGCGCGGCUCCUCGCGGCCCCCCCCCGCCCGCCCCCUGGCUGACCCUGGUGGCCUGUGCCUGCCUGCUGCCCGCCCUGCUGGCGCGUGUCCCCGGCGCCUCGGCCAGCGAGACCUGGGGCAUGGUGUCGGCCUGCCCCUUCCACUGCGUGUGCCGGAACCUGUCCGAGUCGCUCAGCACGCUCUGCGCCGACAAGGGCCUGCUGUUCGUCCCGCCCAACGUGGACCGGCGCACCGUGGAGCUGCGCCUCGCCGACAACUACAUCCGCCAGGUGGGCGGCGACGACUUCGCCAACAUGUCGGGCCUGGUGGACCUGACGCUGUCCCGCAACACCAUCCACGCCAUCCGCCCGCUGGCCUUCUCCGACCUGGAGAGCCUCCGCUCGCUGCACCUGGACGGCAACCGGCUGACCGCCGUGGGCCCGCGCGACCUGGCCGGCCUGCUCAACCUGCAGCACCUCAUCGUCAACAACAACCAGCUGACGGACGUGUCGACGCAGGCCUUCGACGACUUCCUGCUGACGCUGGAGGACCUGGACCUGUCCUACAACAACCUGCGCAAGGUGCCCUGGGAGUCCAUCCAGAACAUGGCCAGCCUGCACACGCUCAACCUGGACCACAACCUCAUCGACCACAUCAUGGAGGGCGCCUUCGGCGAGCUGUACAAGCUGGCCCGCCUGGACAUGACGUCCAACCGGCUGCAGACGCUGCCCCCGGACCCGCUGUUCGCCCGCUCGCAGACCGGCGUGGUCAGCCCCACGCCCUACAACGCCGUCACCAGCCUCAACUUCGGCGGGAACCCGCUGCACUGCAACUGCGAGCUCCUGUGGCUGCGGCGGCUGGUGCGCGGGGACGACAUGGAGACGUGCGCCUCGCCCGCCCACCUGGCCGGCCGCUACUUCUGGUCCGUCCCCGAGGAGGAGUUCGCCUGCGAGCCGCCGCUCAUCACCCGCCGCACCCACAAGCUGUGGGUGCUGGAGGGCCAGAGGGCCACGCUCAAGUGCCGGGCCAUCGGCGACCCGGAGCCCGUCAUCCACUGGGUGUCGCCGGACGACCGCAUCGUGGCCAACACCAGCCGCACGGCGUCCUACCGCAACGGCACGCUGGACCUGCUGGUGACGCGCGCGCGGGACGACGGGGCCUACACCUGCAUCGCCAUCAACGCCGCCGGCGAGGCCACCGCCCUGGUGGACCUGAAGAUCAUCCCGCUGCCGCACCGCGGGAACGGCACCGGCCCGCUCGCCAACGGCCGCGACCCGGGCUCCUCCGACAUCACCACCGGGAAGACCGGGGGCGCGGGGACCGCCGGGGGGCCGGGCGGAGGGGGGGCGGCGGCGGCCGACGGGGACGGCGGGGGUGCGGAGGCGGAGGAGGAGGCGGAGCGGGAGCGGGAGGAGAAGGAGGACGAGGAGGAGGAGGAGGGGGAGGAGGAGGACACGGGGGAGGCCGGGAGGGGGAGCGGAGGGCACAGGGUCGGGGUGCAGGGCGUGACGUCCACCUCGGCGCAGGUGCGCUGGGACAUGGGCAGGGCCUCCGGGGCCUACCUGGUGUGGAUGUACCAGAUCCAGUACAACUGCACGGCCGACGAGACGCUGGUCUACAGAAUCCUGCCGUCCACCAGCAACAGCUUCCUGCUGAAGAACCUGGUGUCGGGCGUGGACUACAGCCUGUGCGUGCUGGCCAUCUUCGACGACGCGGUCACCUCCCUGGCGGCCACGCGGGUGCUGGGCUGCGCGCAGUUCAGCACCAGGGACGAGUUCCCGGAGUGCCGCUCCCUGCAGGCGCACUUCCUGGGCGGCACGCUGACCAUCGUGGUGGGCGGCGUGGUGGUGGUGACGCUGCUGGUGUUCACCGUCACCAUGAUGGUGCGACACCGCGUCUGCAGCCCCGCGGGGGACGGGCUGGACGAGGGCGACGAAGGGGGGCCGCCCUGCUCCUCCUCGUCCUCCCCCCCGCUGCCCGCCAAGGGCACCAACGUGUACUCGCAGACCAACGGCAGCGGGGGGGUGAUGAUGGUGGUGGUGCCCAACGGCGUUCUGCCCCAGCAGAGGGGCCGGGGGGGCGGGGGCGGGGGCGGGGGCGGGGGCGGAGGGGCGUCUUCGCGGCCCAAGCCCAAGACCCUCCCCAAACCCAACGUCAACCUGGACCUGUACAGGGCGGCGGGGGGCGGCGCCCUGACCGUGGCCGUGUCGGAGAAAAAGCUCCCCCCGUACACCCCCGAGACCGAGAGGAUGGCCCUGUACUACAGCCCGUCGGGCCUGUCCUCCACCCUGCCCCGGCACGUCAAACUGCGGCAGGGCAAGGACAGGGACCGCAGCCCGGCCCCCCGGGCGCCGCCGGCGCACGGGUACAAGGAGGAGGUGGCCGAGUGGCGCUCCAGCGUCGGCGGGGGCGUGGUGGUCAAGCGGGGCGGGGCGGACCGCUGGAACUCCUCCCACGCCUACCAGACCCCGGGCCCGCCCAGCCCCGCCCGCGGGGCCCUUCGCGCCAAGCGCAGCUCCUCCUUCGACAUGGGCGAGAUCGCCACCACCACGUGCUACAGCUACGCCAAGCGGCUGAGCGUCAUCUGGACGCGACGCAGCCAGUCGCUGCACGGCAUGCUGGUCCAGUGCGCGUCCUCCGGCGCCGGGGACGACGGCGGCCGCGCCCACCACGCCCGGCGCUGCCUGCACGCGUACAACACCACCAACUCCAACUCCAACUCCAACCCCGGGGCGGGGGCGCCCGUCAGCGCCGAGGAGCUGGAGGAGAGCGUGGUGUAGGCACACGGGGGGGGGAGGGGAGAGCUAAAUUCCGAGGAACGAGAAAGGGAGGACAAGAGAUGAGAGGUUUACGUAAAAAAAGAGGACCCGUCUGAGCGGGGAGACUCUUGGGAUGCAGCGCGUGUGGAUCCGUUCGAUGCUUUUUCAGUGGCCCGCUGAUGCCGGGUUAAAGGUGGAAUACAGCCUGAAACGGCGAGGAGAGA